CCAAUUAAUGUUACCCGAAGCAGUGGCCAUCGUUUGCAGCCCAAAACAACACCCAGCUGUGGGUGUGUUUAGGCUUACAGACCCACCUGGGUUACAGACGAUUGUCAACUGCAAGCAGCUUGGGUCAUUCCAUCCUCAUCCAGAUGGUGUGCCACUUUAUACAGACGCCGAUGGACACCUUCUAAUGAGUCGACAAUUGACAGUGAAGUUGGUGGAUCUAAGAGCUUGAAGGAUUUGUUGAAUGACCAAAAACAUCACGCCUAGCUUUUUCUGGUAUGGUUAAAUCUUUCAAUGGAGGAAUGAAGUGUAGUAGCGUUUUUUAUCGUUCUUGUUGUGUAUUCUUAUCUUAUUCCAUACAUAGUCCAGAUGGAUCUGAUAUCAUGUAACUUCAAAGGGUAUGUGUCACAUGAACUCUGUACUUUUGGGUCUGUAUAAGCAUAAACUAGCAGUUGUGUAGAGUUAUCCAAUAUUUUCAUUACCUUU